ACUCUAUAUAAAUAGGUGUAUGUAUGUACAAAGAAUACUCAAGGUCCGUUAAUGGUGGAAUUGAGCUGUUUUAGAGAAGAAAUUUUCUCAAUUACUGAAAAGGGGUUCUAAAAUUGUUUGUUUUGAAGCCAAAUCCUUCUUCAAUUUCUUCAUUUUUAUCAUUUUUUUUCGUCUCUGUUGCUGAAGAAAUUCAACAGUUAACUGUGGAAUUGAGCUGUUUCAGUGAAGAAAUUUCUCAUUUAUGAAAAAGGGGUUUCGAAAUUGUUUGUUUGAAAUCGAACCCAUCUCCAUUUUCUUCUUUUUGAUCUUGUUUUUGUCUCUGUUAUUGAAGAAAAUCCAAUUCCAGUGACGAAAUUUCUCAUUUCUGAAAGGGGUUUUUUGCAGUUUUUGUGAAAUUUAUCCUUUUUUUUGGUCUUUGGUGUGCUGAAGAAAGUUGGAAAAAAAAUGAAAUUCAACACAGAUGAUAUGGAGUGGCCUACUUUUUUGGAUGAAUAUGAAAAACUUGUUUUUCGAAUGACUAUUCCCAGGGUAAUGAUUGAUAACGCUAGUUCUUCAAAUGCCACCCUUGUUAAGAUAGAUAGUGCGAGGAAACAUGGGAUUCUUCUUGAAGCAGUUCAAGUUCUAACAGAUUUGAACCUUUCAAUAAAGAAAGCUUACGUCUCUUGUGAUGGGCGGUGGUUUAUGGAUGUUUUUCAUGUUACUGACUUGGAUGGAAACAAGUUGACGGACAAAGGAUUCAUCAGUUACAUCGAACAGUCACUUGGGACGAUUCAUUAUGCAAGUUCAAAGAGCUAUAAUGGCUUGACAGCUCUGGAACUAACUGGAACGGAUCGAAUUGGGCUUUUAUCGGAAGUCUUUGCUGUACUGUCAGAUUUACAGUGCAAUGUAGUUGAAGCUAAAAUGUGGACUCACAAUGGUCGUAUUGCCUCCCUAAUACAUAUAAAGGAAAGCCAGUCGGGGUACCCAAUUGAGGACUCGCAGAAGAUUGACAGAAUUGAAGCCCGUUUAAGGAGCGUGCUUAAGGGGGAUAAUGAUGUUCGAAGUGCUGAAACAUCAGUGUCUAUGGCUGUCACGCAUACAGAAAGAAGACUUCACCAAAUGAUGUUUGCAGACCGUGAUUAUGAAAGAAAGCCAGUGAUUAGGACUAGCAACGAUACCCCGAUUGUAUCGGUGUUGAACUGCUUGGAAAAGGGUUACUCCGUGGUAAAUAUUCAGUGCAAAGACCGAACUAAACUUCUAUUUGAUGUCGUUUGCACGUUAACAGACAUGCAGUAUGUUGUGUUCCAUGCCACAAUUGAUUCAGCUGGGGACAGGGCAUACUUGGAAUUCUUCAUUAGGCAUACAGAUGGAAUCCCUAUUAGUUCAGAUGCUGAAAAGCAACGCGUGAUUCUAUGUCUACAAGCUGCUAUUGAAAGAAGAGCAUCCGAGGGAGUGAGACUAGAACUAUCCACAGAAGACAAACAAGGCUUAUUGGCCGAUGUAACUAGAACAUUCCGAGAAAAUGGUCUAAACGUGACGAGGGCUGAGAUAUCAACCACAGGGGAAUCAGCUCUAAAUAUAUUCUACAUAACAGAUGUGAGGGGGAAUCCAGUCGAUUCAAAUAUCAUUGAGUCUGUUAGGGAGGAAAUCGGAUGGAGUAACUUGAAAGUGAAGGAAUUGCCGUUGAUCAAUCAUCAAACAGCUGAUAGAGACGAGCCUGCAGUGGGUGUAGGUGGGGCUAUGUUGUUGUCACUUGGUAGCAUAUUUAGAAGGAAUCUUUACAGCUUGGGGUUGAUCAAGUCGUUUUCUUGAUGCCACAAAAAUGAAUCUUCUCAUACCAACUUACCAAAGAAGUUCAUAUUCCUCCGAAUUCACACUCUGGAAGCCUCAACGGACACCUAAGUUCGAGUGGCAUGUACAUAUAGCUUAAGGAUUACUGAUAAAGUGAGUGAUUCGUUGUUCAAGAAAAAUGCAUAGCUGUUGGAGAAUCUGAUACACACCCUGGUGGUAUGUCUGAAGAGUCCGAGCAACAUAGAGUGGAUGGUAUUGGGGGCCAUUUAGCCCACCAUAUUCAAUAGUUACAAACAGUUUAACAUUUGAAAGAUAGUGAUAGGAGACAAUGCCUCAAUUUCAAGCAAGUUAAGGUCGUCGUUAUAUGAAUUUCCGUUGUCCAUGACACUCAAUUUAAGCAUGCAACGGAUGGGUAUACAACGAGGACGCGUCAAAUCUUGAAGCAACUCGAGAUCAACUACAUGAAUCUUCACUGUCUAUGUCGCUCCCCUUAAGUAGACGGUGAAGGGCUAUACUCGAGCAAUUUGGGUUCGGCUUAUAUGAAUCUUCACUGUCUAUGUCGUUCCAUUUAUAUGCCGGCAUGGAAGCAGGCAAAAGGGCCCACAAACAGUUAUAUCUGUAAAUAUCCACAUUUUUAUAUACAAAAUCUAAUGUUUGACUUCAUUUUUUUAUGCUUAUGAUUGCCUGUCUGGAUGUUAUCCAUAUGGUUCUUAGAGGAAGAAUAUAGGAGUAUAUUUUAUUUGGUGAAAUUCAAUGUAUUCCAUUUACUUAUGUCAAUAGAAUUGACAUUCAUUUCUAUGGUUGA